UCUGCUAGUGGAAGCGAAGUUGCCGAGAAACAUGGAGUAGAACACAUCCGUAUUCUUUCACCUCGUUUGCGACAGUAUUGCCGAGAGAAAUUUCAUUUUCCGUUCGGCGUUAAUGACCAUUUACACUACUACAAACAGGACGAGGAGGGUGCUAUUUUUUAUCGAACGGCAAAAAACCCCGAGGGUGAAUAUUUUUGGUGGUAUGAUAGGCAAAAAGCCGGACAUGACAUAAAGAAAGGAGAGAAAAAACCUAAAAAAUGUGCGGUCUGUAAUAAAUUAGCCUUCAAAAAAGAUGAAAAAUUAUUGCGAAAUUUGGAUAAAAUAUCCCUCGACUAUCUUGGCACUUUGGCUAAUGCCGAAUUAAUGAAGGAAAAUGAAGUAGAAAUUGAGGAAAAUUCAACUAUUUAUGCCCAACCAAGUCAAAAUAUCCCUGACAGUUUUAAAAUAUUGAGGCAUAAAUCAGCCUUAAUAAACGGUUCACCUUUACCAAUUAAGAACCAAAAACCAACUGAUAUCGAACUAGCAAAAUUAAAAACCAUUUUCCAAAAAUUAAAUAUUAAAAAAAUAUCCUUUAAAAAUGGUGAGUUAGUAAUUACACAUAAUAAUAAAACUAUCACUAAUAACCAAUUGACUAAUAAUUCAGAAUAUCAAACCCUAAAAGAUUAUUGUCAAGAACACCACGAAAGAGAAAUUACUAAGGAGCAAUUAGGGAUUGAUUCUGAUACUAAUUCCACUAACUCAAAGCCAAAUGACCAUAAAUUAGUAAUUGGUUUAGUAGCGGGAAUUAUCGGAGGA